UGCCUACCAUAUUUUUGUCGCUGAUUGUAUCCUAGACGACCAAUCACAAAGCUUGGUAAUUCUAAACCUCCAUGAAAGCGAUAAUUCUGGUCGCGUAGUCGUAAUUGUCGUGAUGUUCGUGGCUGUUCAUCGUGUGUGCCAAAGAAAGAGACAAUUACCGGUUAACAUUUAUUUAGAAUAAUACAUAUUUUUUCAUUGUUCUAAUUUAAUAUUAACAGGUGACAAGAUGACUGUCCCAAUUAUAAAAACUACACCUGAAUACGUUGAAUUUAUCAAGUCCAAAGAUCUAUCGGUUAUACAUUUCUUUGCACCAUGGGCACAACAAUGCGGUCAAAUAAACGAUGUUCUAGAAGAAUUGGUAUUAUUGAAAGAUUACGAAAAUGCUAAAUUUGCGAUGUUAGAAGCUGAGGAAUUACCAGAAAUUUCUUUAAAAGCUGGAAUUACCGCAAUACCAACAGUUUUAUUGUAUAAAAAUGAAGAAAUAAUAGAUAGAAUUGAAGGGGUUAAUACAGGAAUGUUAAUUGAUAGAGUAAAAUAUCAUAUAGGCAACGAUGAUCCGACUCCUUUAACAGAAGGAAUAACUUUGGGAGUCAGAUUAAGAAGGCUUACAAAUUAUGCACCUUGUAUGGUCUUCAUGAAAGGAAGUCGUGAACAUCCACGCUGUGGUUUUUCAAGAACUAUGAUCGCCCUUCUUGAUUCUCAUAGAACAGAAUAUCAAACCUUUGAUAUAUUAACUGAUAAUACGAUCAGAGAAGGUUUAAAGAAGUUUAGCGACUGGCCAACUUAUCCACAAUUGUAUAUUAAUGGCGAAUUUAUUGGUGGAUUAGAUAUAGUCAAAGAAAUGAGUAAUUCGGGUUACUUAGACAGUAUGUUACCUAAAAAAAGUACCUCCUAAAAUAGAAGUUAAAAUAGGACCGCAGCUAACUAAUUAUAUCCAUAUUUCCUAGAAUUAUCUAAUACAACAUUUUUAUCUUCAACUGAAAACAAUUUUUGCUUAAACGAUAUAAUAACAUUUACGAAUUUAAAUAGAAAUUAUUCUAUAAUGCGUCAUUAUUUGUUAAUAUUUUUUACCAAGAAUGAAUUAAAAAUGUCAUUUUUACGUUGUCAUAUAAAAUGCAAACGUUUCAACUAUGGAUAUAAAGCAUGCGUUUUAUGAUUUCGUAUCUUUUUUUUGUUAUAACAUAUUGAAUACGAAAAUACAACAAAAUUAAUAUUAA